AAUGAGUAUUAGAUUAAACAUAGGACAAAUCAAAAUGCCUUGUGUUAAAGGACAGGAGUAGUAUGUAACAUCUCUCGCAAAUCAACUAGACUAAUCUGACUAUCCGAGCAAAGAAGCCGAAUUGUUAGGAGGUAGAGAUCUUGGGCUGGGUGAACGGUACUAUAGCAAUAUUGUCCAAUCUAAAAUCUAUCUGAUCCGUCAUCAUCCGGCAAACAUCUCAAAGAUUUUGUGUUUAACACCCUUUUGAAGCAUAUGGAUCGAGUGCUUAAAGAUGCAAGAAUUUCAGGUUCUCUCAACCUAUCCAACCGCUCUCUUAGGGAGGUUCCGGACGCGGUAUAUAAGAGCUUGGAUGCCAUUGGCGCGGGCGAGAAUUGGUGGGAGGCUGUUGAGCUACAGAAGCUGAUUCUAGCUCAUAAUGACAUUGAAGUGUUGAAAGAAGAGCUUAGAAAUUUGCCUCUGCUCUCUGUUCUGAAUGUCAGUCACAAUAAGCUUUCUAGUCUUCCAGCAGCUAUUGGAGAGUAUGUAAUUAGAUCCCCUUUUAGAUUUAGGCUUCUUCAGAUUUGGUUCAUCUGCUACAUUUUAGGGAGACUACACUACUGUUUAUCAUCUGCCCUUUGUUUCCAGGCUGCAUGCAUUGAAAUCAUUAGAUGUGUCAUUUAACUUGCUUGAAAACAUUCCUGAAGAAAUUGGAUCAGCUGCUGCUCUGGUCAAGUGGGUACCUUUUGAUGUUUUUAUUGUAUACUGCCAUUUAUAAUGUGACACUGAGCUACUUCUGUAUUCCUUCCUAUAGCGGAUAUUUGUUUGAUUUUCUGCUGUGGCAAAUAUUUAGAUUUUCAUGUUUGUGGUCAGAUUUGAUUGUUCUAGUAACAAGUUGAAAGAUCUUCCACGUUCCCUUGGACUUUGUGUGGACUUGGCCGAAGUCAAGGCAUCAAACAAUUGCAUUUCCUGCUUGCCAGAAGAGUUAGGAAACUGCACCAAACUAAUGAAACUGGAUGUGGAGGGCAAUAAGCUGACAAUGUUACCAAAGACGAUGAUUGCAUCUUGUACAAUGCUUACGGAGAUCAACGCAUCAAAAAAUAUGCUGAAUGGCGUACCCGACGAUAUAGGAAGUCUAUCACGCUUGAUUCGCCUUGACCUCCAUCAGAACAGAAUUUCAUCAAUCCCAUCGUCAAUAAAUGGCUGCUCAUCACUAAUGGAGUUCUACAUGGGGAACAAUCUACUGUCUUCUCUACCACCUGAGAUAGGAGCUCUUACAAAACUGGGAACAUUUGAUCUGCACUCAAAUAAGCUGAAGGAGUUCCCAGUGGAGGCAUGUAAACUGCGGCUUUCUGUUCUUGAUCUAUCAAAUAAUUCAUUGUCUGGUUUGCCUCCUGAGAUUGGUUUGAUGUCUACUCUGCGGAAACUUUUGCUAAAUGGUAACCCGUUGCGAACUCUUCGAAGCUCAUUGGUAACUGGACCUACACCAGCACUACUGAAGUGUCUUCGAAGCAGACUUCCAUCUGAUGAAGAGUCCACUUCUUCUUCAACAGCAAAAGUAGACUUGGUCUCCUCAGCGGCUCGACUGUCUGUUUCUUCAAAGGAGCUUUCUUUGGAAGGAAUGGGUUUAACUGUCGUCCCAUCAGAAGCAUGGAAAUCUAGUGAGAUCACCAAACUUGAUCUAUCAAAGAAUGCUAUUGAAGUACUGCCAGUAGAAAUUUCUUCUUGUAUUUCCCUCGAGGCUUUGAUUUUAUCCAAAAACAAAAUGAAAGAGUGGCCUAGUCCCAUCUUAAAGUCUCUUCCGAAACUCUCAUGCUUAAAGCUAGACAACAAUUCUCUUGGACAGAUUGCAUCAAAUGCCUUUAGCAGUACCCCAAAACUCCAGAUACUGGAUUUAAGUGGCAAUGCCCGUUGUUUGCCCGCACAUCCGGAAUUCUCCAGCUUACCAGAGUUGCAAGAACUCUACCUAAGAAGGAUGCAAAUAUCAGACUUCCCAGGUGAUAUAUUGAGCUUGACGCAGUUAAAGAUUCUUGAUUUGAGUCAAAAUGCUCUUCAAUUAAUCCCUCAGGGAAUAAAAGAUAUGACUAGUCUUAAUGAGCUUGAUUUGUCCAAUAAUAACAUUUCUGCACUCCCGCCUGAACUGGGCUUGCUGGAACCCAACCUACAGGUGCUGAAAAUUGAUGGAAACCCUCUGCGAAGCAUCCGGAGGACAAUUUUGGAUCGCGGAACCAAAGCUAUUCUGAAGUACUUGAAGGAAAGAGUUGUCAUGGAUUAGCUUCUUGCAGCUUUGCAAAUGUACAUGUAAAGUGGAUUAAGUGGGUAAGACUAUGUUUUGUAACAGGAAGACCCAAGUGUGUAAUGACAUUUGCUCUUUCGCUUUGCGUUGAUUUGUAAAAGAUGUAUUAGAUAGUUUGAUCUUAUUUUAGGGAAGUGAGGAACCAUCGUUCACCCUUGCCAAAACAAGGGGAAGAGAACUAAGGGUAUGUUUGUUUCGUUCUUUCAGUGUGUGUUUUUAAGUAUUUUUUGUAUUGAAAAUGUAAAAAGAUGUAUUAGAAAUAUAAAAAGGUAUGUUGGAAUGAGACAGUUAUUAAUUAUUUAUAUCCUUCAUUAGGAUAUUAGAAAUAUAUAGAGGAUAAAAGCAUAUUCUCAUCCGAAGCUCUAUUUUUCUGAAGCUGUGCCAUGUCUUGUAAGUCUAUUCGCUUUUCUCAAGUUUAGAAC